GGUUCUGCGGCCGCCGCCUCUCCUGUAUGGCAGGGAGGGAGCGGGAGAACUAAAGCAGGCUAACGCGCAUGCUCAGGAGCCGGGGGGAGGCGGUGGGGGAAAAUGGCGGACAGCAAAGCGGGAGAGGAGAAGCCGACGCAGCCGCAGGCAGACGGAGUCAAGAAACAUCAUGGACAGGCAGUUUGUAUGACUUGGAAAGCAUGGCAGGAAAUUAUAGGACCUGAAGAAGAGGCAGAAAAACCUGUGAAAACUAAGACUGUUUCUUCCAGUAAUGGAGGGGAAAGUUCGAGUCGCAGUGCAGAGAAACGGGUAGCUGAUGAAGAAGCUGAAGAUUUCACCACAAAGCCUGCUCCUGCCAAAAUGUCCAAGUUUGGAUUUGCCAUAGGCAGUCAGACAACAAAGAAGGCACCUGUGAUAUCCAUCAAACUUGGAGCAAAUAAACCUAAAGAGCCUGCUCCCACCCUUGCUCCAAAAACCCUUUCUGUAGCAGCAGUUUUCAAUGAAGAUGAUGAUAGUGAACCAGAAGAAAUGCCUCCAGAAGCAAAGAUGCGCAUGAAGAAUAUUGGAAGAGAUACACCAACCUCAGCAGGACCAAAUUCUUUCAACAAAGGAAAGCAUGGGUUUUCUGACAACCAGAAGUUAUGGGAACGGAACAUUAAAUCUCAUCUUGGCAAUGUCCCUGAGGAUGAUGACUAAAUGAUACCUGUUGAAAUUCGGGUGUGGGGGGGAGGGCAGGGUGUGACAUUAAAGGAACAGUUUCCUUUUUUAAGAAUGGUCUGAGAUUUAGUGUUGGAGCCACUUUUUCUAAGGAUUGAGUGGUACAAUAAUAACUGAGUUUGAAAUUAGAGGUAAUUUAUGUUUUGUAUACAGAUUUCAAGGCAUUUGCUAAUUUUGUAGUUCUAUGUGAUUAGUUUCAAAAGGUUACAAAUAAAGAAAUUGGAAGUGGUACUUUUUAAAUUUUUUUUUUGGGGUCACAGCAACUCAUACACUAAGGUGGACAAAAAAGGUUACUGUCUCUUUAAUCAGGUUAAUGUUGAAUGCUACUGCACUCUGGCUUCUAGCUCCCUCUUUAUAUCAGAUGAAACAUAUGGAUCCUAUGAUCACUGUUAGAGAGAGGGAACAGUGCCUUGUGCUAGAAGUGUUAUUGGGAUAUUAAUUUGAACAUAAAUUUAGACAGAGUAGAAAUCUUAACAACCUGAAUUUUUUCCUCCCCCUCUAGUCACUUUUUGUUCUUCACAAACUAAGAAUUGUGUUGCUCUGAGUGCUAUGGUAGCUUUAGCUCUAAUCUUCCUUUGAAACUUUAUGUAAAGUGUGUAAUAGUCUAUCUGUGGUCUAGUUCAUCCUAAGGAAGUGGUCUUAGCUGUAUAUUAGAUACAGUCUCUAAAGAAUAUUCACUACAGCGUGCUCCUUAGUCAGUAGUAUAAGUAGUGCUUGUUAGCAUUUCCUUGUGAAUUAAAUGAAUAAGCAAAUAUUAAGGCAGUUAUCAAUAUAGAAGAGCCACCACCAAAAAGAUGAAAGUAUGUAAUUUAUUUAAACAUCAUAUUUGGUUUAAACGUCUUCCUUUAUUAUGCCUAAAAGGAAUAAAAGCACACCAAAAAUUCA